UGAAGACCUUGAAUUCUGAGGAUAUCUAAAGAGAGGAAGUUUGAAGGUCAACCAUGGAUCACAAGGCUGAGGAGAAAAGGAAGCAGCGCCACAGCUUGACUUUAUUAGAACAAGUAAAGGGAAUGAAGGAAUCGACACAAAUAAUUGAUGUUGUGCUCAUUGCAGAAGGUGAGAAAUUCCCCUGCCAUAAGGUGGUGCUGGCUGCCUUCAGUCCCUAUUUCAAAGCCAUGUUCACCUGUGGCUUGGUCGAAUGCACGCAGAGAGAGGUGGUGCUGUAUGACAUCUCUGCAGAGAGCGUGUCCACGAUCCUCCACUACAUGUACAGUGCGGAUUUGCUCCUCACGAAUCACAACGUGCAGACUGUCGCACUGGCCGCGUAUUUCAUGCAGAUGGAAGAUGUUUGCAACAUGUGUCAGAAGUACAUGAUGGACCACAUGGAUGCUUCCAACUGUGUGGGCAUCUACUACUUUGCGAACCACAUCGGGGCAGAAGAUUUGUGUGACCAAGCACGGAAAUACUUGUAUCAGCAUUUUGCUGAGGUGAGCUUGCAGGAAGAAAUAUUAGAGAUUGAAUUCCAGCAGCUGAUGGCUCUCAUAAAGUCAGACGAUCUGAAUAUUUCCAGGGAGGAGAGCAUUCUGGACCUCGUCAUUAGAUGGGUCAAGCACAGCAGAAAGUCACGUUCGGAACACCUUAUUGAGCUCCUCAAGCAAGUGAGACUGGUACUCAUCAGCCCUUCCUUUCUUGUGGAAGCCCGGAAAAGGAACACAAUGAUUCUGUGCAAUUCAGAAUGCAAUGACAUGUUUGAGGAAGCACUGAAAACCAUCAAACUAUCCAGCCACCCUUCCCUCAGCCUGCGAUAUGGCAUGGAAACCACUGAUCUCUUGCUCUGCAUCGGCAACAAUUCUCUUGGUAUUAGGUCCAGACAUGGUAGCUAUGCUGAUGCCAGUUUUUGUUACGCUCCUGCAACACGAAAGACUUACUUCAUUUCCUCUCCAAAGUAUGGAGAGGGUUUAGGAUGUGUUUGUACUGGUGUUGUCACUGAGAAAAAUGAUAUCAUUGUGGCAGGAGAGGCAAGCGCCGUCAAAAUGUCUAGACAAAAGACCAGGAACAUUGAAAUUUAUAGAUACCACCAGCGAGGAAACCAGUUUUGGCACAGCCUGUGCACCACUCAGCUCCGUGAGCUCUACGCACUGGGCACUGUCCACAACGACCUCUACAUAAUAGGAGGGCAAAUGAAAGUGAAAAAUCAGUAUCUGGUCACAAACUGUGUGGAGAAGUAUUCCAUGGAGCAAGGCACCUGGAGAGGCACAGCACCUCUUCCAAUACCAUUGGCAUGCCAUGUGGUGGUGACAGUGAAGAACAAGCUGUACGUGCUGGGUGGAUGGACACCACAGAUGGAUCUGCCUGACGAUGAGCCGGAUCGAUUAAGUAACAGAACGUUUCGGUACGACCCGGGCCAAGACAAAUGGACGGAAGGAGCUCCAAUGAAGUACUCAAAGUACCGCUUCAGCACAGCCAUAGUCAGCGGGGAAAUUUAUGUCUUGGGAGGAAUUGGGUGCCUUGGUUAUGACAGAGGACAGACUCGGAAAUGUCUUGAUGCAGUGGAGAUUUAUAACCCUGAUGGAGACUUUUGGAGAGAUGGACCUCCUAUGCCUUCUCCUCUUCUCUCCUUACGAACAAACUCUACCAGUGCAGGUUGUGUGGAAGGGAAGCUGUACCUUUGUGGAGGAUUUCAUGGAGCAGCUCGUCAUGAGGUUAUCACCAAAGAGAUCCUUGAGCUGGAUACAUGGGAGAACCAGUGGAAUGUGGUGGCCACCAACGUCCUCAUGCACGACAGUUAUGAUGUUUGCCUUGUUGCCCGGCUGAACCCCCGGGAUCUUAUCCCUCCUCCCCCAGAUUUAGUGGACCAAUAGAAGUUCAGUGACUCUCAGUGCUUCCAGACUCUGCAGAAACUGAAGAAUGUGGAGAGACAAAUGCUGCAUUGGCUCUGGGUGAGAGCUUGAGUGCCACAGAGAGGAAAUGGCAACAUGUGCUUAAGGACAGAAUUGCCUUCGGGCUGUGCUUCUUGGACAAUGCUUUAUUUGCUAGUACUGGUACUCUGCACUUCUGUGAUUGAAAGUCAGGGUUGUCCAGCCUUUGUGCAUGGCUUCUCAUCUUCAAUCUGGCUGCACAAGCUUCAGUGUUGGGCACAAUAUGGGCUGCUGGGACCCUUUGCCUCACAGGCAAGGGGCAGCCCAGGGCUCAUUUCACAGCAGAGCAUGACAUGACAGAAAGCUUUAGCCACG